AUGGAAUCGAAAGCCUCCCAGACUCACGGGCGUCGCGAGGCUAGCAUCAGAUAUCUCGAUGUCAACUCGUUGGAGACAUGCGAAAUCUCUGCUAGGGAAGCCAAACACUUAAGGGUGGCUCGCCUUGACACAUCACUCUUCUUCGCGAAAGUCCUCUAUGAGAUACAGUUUCCUCCCGAGCUCAAAGGCAGAACACGAUAUCUUAAGGGUCCAAGGGUCUUUGAACAACACGUCUUUCCGGAUUUUCUGGUUACCAUACAGAAAAUGUUACACUACAAGAGCCGCGACCUCGAAAUAGGACCUCAGCUCAUUCUCGCAGUUCGAGUUGAUGAUUCUGAAACAAGUUCAUUUGCCGACCCGAAGGAUCGUUUGAGCUCCGUCGAACAUCUUUGGUGCAAAUUUGGCAGUGACCAUCAUCUUUGGGAGGUGUUACAUUUCUGGAGCUACGAUAUCUAUGAUCCCGAAGAGCGUUGUGACCACCAUUGUGUCAUGGCCUGCGAUGAAUUCUGGGCUUUGGCGUACCCUGAAGAAGCGGAUUGCUCUAGACCUACGAACAAUGCCAGGAUUCGAGCCUUCGUUAAGCAUAUGUUAGGAGCCGAAUUGGACUGGAACGAGUUCCAAUGGCAGUACUACGACAAGGCCGUUGCCCUAAGAACCCGAUUUAGUUUCAGAUUCUGGAGGCUUUUUUCACUCAUGGAAGCUCAACCCGAUGUUGCAAAGGCCAUGGCAGCGGGUGCUAGGGAGGCACUUGCUGCCCGACCGCACUAUGCUUGUCGAACAAUCUUACGCGAAGCCCUUGGGGGCAAUCGACCUCGGCUCCGUUUUCUGGACGGUUUCUAUCCUCAUCCGGGUUGGUUUGUUCACGGGCUUAGACCCUGCAAACCAAGAUUCCAGUGGGCUGGCAAACCUCCCGAGUUCCCAAGAAAGCCUAGAGGAGAUUCUGUAAUGGACGGCAUACAUGUCUAUGACAACGUCGAACUUGAGAACAAGACAAUCGGCAAGCGACUUGAAGCCGAACGGAAUCUGUCCUCAUUGAAAAGCAAUAAUGAGAAACUGACAGUACUUGGACCAGAGCGCAAGGAGGUUUUGUCGUAG